GCGUACAAUUCUCUCGAGGAACUGUGAAAUAUUAAAACAAACAUGCAUGCAGAAAACUGCGACGAAAAUAUCGCAACUAUAACCGAGUAUUUCUUAUCUCUGAUUAUUAAGAACGACUUUUAAAGGUGUAAUAUUCAAUUCGAAUAUUUACGCUUGAAGGAUUGCGAACUGCAUUACCGCAGUUGAAAUCACGUUGGUUGUUUACAGUCUUCGCGUCUACCUCACCCACCAGCGUCGACACCUGUCAAAAUUUGGUUGUUUUGUGUGACCAUUUGUCUGCCUUUACGCAAUUUCAACUGUUAUUUAAGUGAAACUGAGUGAAGUCCGUACCAAAAUCAAUGCAAGAGCCAGAGAAUCUCACCGCUACACCCGAUGGGCAAGAAGACCAGCCCACGAAACCUAUAAUCGAGCCAAGUGAGAAGGAUCACGAAAGCGAUGUCGCCGAAGAGGAGAAUGAAAAUGACGAGGAGAACAAAGGAGAAAUGGAUGGCGAUGCGGAAGCCGAGAACUUCGAGGGAUUCAAUGGGUCUGGCCGCACAGUUACUUUACAGAUGCUUCUAGCUGCCAACGUCCUGCAACCAGGACGAGCUGCAAUGACAAUCGAAUAUCUGGGCCAGAAGUUUGUGGGAGACCUAUUGCCAGAUGGUAAAAUAAAAUCACACGAAACUGAAACCAUUUUCUUAUCGCCCAGUGCUUGGGCCAUGCACUGCAAACGGAUCAUAAAUCCAGAAAAGAAGUCAGGGUGCGGCUGGGCUUCAGUGAAAUACAAGGGAAAGAAAUUAGACGCAUACAAAGCAACUUGGAUGCGAAAAUGUGCCCAACAGAAUAAUUCAACACCUAGUGAAGGAGAUGAACCGGAGAAUGAAACGGAGAAGAAACCUGUCACACCACCGCCUCCAGUCAAAAGGACAGUUUUAGCACAUAAUACAAUAAGCAACCGGAAUGUUUUGCACGAUGCAAACACCCUAAUCGAAGCUGUAACGUUCUCAUCCCUCAACAAGUUGCAGCCUUUCUUGGUUACAUUCAGCUCGUCUGCACUACUACUAGCUGAUUUCCAUACCCAUCUAACUUUUCAAGAGGUUUGUGGUUACUUGGGUGGCACAUGGGAUGUCAAUUCACAUACUUUAGCCAUCACAAAGUGCUACCCAUGCCGAAAUAGCCGACAUGAUAGAAAGAAAGCUGCUGACGUCGAAAAAGAAAUACAAAAAGCUCUGAUGAAGGAUCAACUCAUCCUAGUUGGCUGGUAUCAUUCACAUGCAAAAUUCCAACCGCAACCAACCCUUCGUGACAUUGAUGCGCAGCUGGACUACCAAAUUAAAAUGCGCGGUCCAUCAGACGUCACGUACACCCCAUGCAUUGGCUUCGUAUUUUCUCCAUACUAUGAGGAAAAUCCGACGCAAGUCUCAGAUAUGACUCCGUUUUGGGUUGUACCGCCGCCAGAAAAUCGACAAAUGUUUGAAUAUGGUCGCCCCAUGUACAUGGAAUACACAAUUGUUCCUGACAAAGAAAUUCCGGAAGAUACUCGCAAGGAAAUGCAAUCGUGUGCCGAAUACUACUCUCAGUUCUGUGGGGAACUGGUUGAUUUCAAGGAUACACAUAAAGAUGUGACUUUUAUAGAAAAGCUGAAAAUUUCACUUUACCCAAAGUUCCCACCAAAACAGGACGACAAAGAGUUUUGGAAUUUUGUAUGUAGACUCUUAGAAUGCGAUGAGGAAGAAGAGUUUAUUGCUCCAAAAUGCGUGUCAAAGAUUGUGCCGAAAGAGGAAAUUAAAACUGAGAUUAAAGAAGAAAUUAAAGAGGAGUUACCUAGCGCAUCAGACAUCAAAGUUAUGUCUUUACAGGAACAACUGGCUCUUCCAUCAGGGUUGAAUAUGAACCCGACUCGAUUAGCUUCCCCGUUAGUAACGCCAGCAAUCGCAGCCAUCAGCAACUCGGCAACUGCUACGGCAACAGCCGCGUCUUCACCUCGAGACAGUCCUAUCACCAUUCCAUCGAACUCAGCUAGUCCAGCGAAAUUUGAAUUGCCUGUCCGCGCAAGUCCAUCACCUGCCAAAUCUGAUACGUCUUCUAGCCGGACUCGAACUUCUCCGGCUCCUAGCCCUGGCAAGUUUAGCAUCAGUGACAUUUCCCGGAAUAGUCCAAGCGUGACGCCUAAUAAGUACGAACAUGUUCCAACAUCCUCGACGAAUGAUUUGAUGACGGCUACUAUGGCAUCCUUUACGGGUCAGUUGUCGCCAAAUUUCUUACCAAGUGAUUUGAACGCUUUUUUCCAACAACAACAAAAGGACUAUGGCAAUUCUUCACUUAAUCAACUGGCAGCUGCAGCUGCCAAAGUUGGUGGGAAAACAUCUUCUGCGCCGGUUGAACACAAUCUUUAUGAGAAAGCAGCCGAAUCGUUAUAUGGAAGCAAUUUUAGCAUGCCGGCAACAUCCAAGUCAUCAGAAUCCCAUUCGAUGCAGAAGCCAUCGAAACAAGAUACAAAGUCAAUGAAGCAAUCAUCCGGCACGUCAUAUAAGACAAAGCUUAUGAAAGAGUUGGAAGAUCUCAAAAAUGAUCCGAUAAAAAUCAGCGAAUUGAUGCGUUCACCAGAGUACGCAGCACUGCUUCUACAACAGGCCGAAGCUCUAGGUGCUACCACCUUAGGAACUCUAGGUCUCAAUGCUGAUUUUUCGUUUUUGGGUGGAACUCAAAGUAAAAAACAACAACAGCAGCAGCAGCAACAACAACAACAGCAAGCUCAACAAGCCAUAGAUUACACUAACUUGCUUCAAGCUUCCAAGCUCCUGGGCUAUGAUGCAUAUAUGCAGCAAGCUAAGUCGGCAACAGACCUGAACGCAUUUUUCCAGCAGCAACUUGGUCAAAGUUUGAAAAAGCAACAACAGCAGCAACAACCGGAUUACACUACUUUACUUCAAACAUAUUCGAAGCUAUUUGACGCUACGAAUCCCUAUGCAACGAACAAGAGUGCCGUGCCGCCAGAACUCACAGCGCUUUUGAAUUCAACUUCUGUACCGCCAAGUAACAGCAGCAGCAGCCGAAAACAAAAAGAUCAAUCCAACGAUAUGCUGAAUCAACUUCUACAGUCUGACAAGAAUGCUGACAUCAACUCGCUUCUAUAUCACCAAAGUAAAACAGCGGCCGAUUUGAAUGCUCUUUUCGUACCGCCAACGGCUUCCGUAAGCUCGUCAAAAUCGAUGACGGACCCUUCGGCUUACUAUUCACAAUUAGCACAAGAGAAAAUGCAAGAUUACGCGGCACUAUUUCAACAACAUCAUGCAAAAUACGGGAUUCCAGAUCCGCUGUCAAAAUCGACAUUGGCUGCCAAUAAUAUGUUCAUGUCACCGUCAGCUUUGUUGAAACUGCAACAGGAAUCGUUAAAUGCUAUGAUGAUGAAACCGCCAAAGUCAAGUGCGUCGUCUUCGUCUUCCUCACGCGCCAGGGAAUCAUCUGCAUCACCGGCUCAGGAGCGACUUACUCCAACGAAGAGUGGAAGAGGCGAAAGUCCUGCCUCAACUUCUGGAAUGAAAUAUAAUUUCAGUGCGGUGGACCUAGCUAUAUCAAGUGUUCCGCCAAACAGCACCCCAUCCCCUUCCCCGUCCGAAUCAUCAUUAAGGCGACCAUCAGAUACUCCACCUGUUGAUUUGAGCCGUGUUUAUCCUGAGCCACCUCAAACGAAAAAAAGAAUGGAGUUCUCAUCUAUCGCUGAUCUAGCAGCUCCGCCUCCAACCAAGCAAGCAAAACCUAAUGAGCGCGAAGAUCGCGUUUUGAAUCUUUCAUCAAAUGAUUGAACCAAAUGAAAUUAUCCUGGAGACACCGUUGUGCAGUAGAUAUUAGAAGAAGUUAAUCUCAGUAUUAUAAUGGAUUUGAAUAGGAGCUCGCAAGAGUUUUAAUCUAAGUUUUCGAGUUGAGGAGCAAAGGCGUGUAGUUUGUGGAGUUAAUUUCUUGAUAGAAUGAGAUACAAUAUUUGCAUGACUACCUAAUAAAUCGGCGGUUCAAUAUGUUUUUUCAUUGGGUAACUUCACAGUUUUACCUCUCUCUCUCUUGCCGUGGCCGGAAGUGAGUUUGUGUCAUAUACUUAUGUUCCCUGCAAGAUAUUUCCUCAUUUUUCAUUAACACGCACUUCGCUCGUAACUCAUCCAAUUAUUAAUCGAAAAAAAGUAUUUUUAAUUCGCGACUUUAUGACAAAUAUAACAUUUUACUGGA